GCAACUCUAACAGAAACUCGAAAAAAACUAUCCUCUAAUAAGGAGAUACCAAUGAGCAGACAAAACUCUCAUUUUUGGAAUGAUAAUUCUAACAGAAUACCGCAAGACGAAGAAAAUAAUUAUCAUCUUCAAAAAAUCUUGAUUCCAAAGGAUGACUAUUAUAAUUUACGUAUUGCAAUAGAUUUAUCCAAACCCAAUUUUUUUGAAAUUUCGAAAAAACUUCAUCUAAAUAAAGGACGUAAAUUUCAAAAUAAUGAAUAUGUGACAGCAAAUAAAUCAGCAUUCACUAUUAAAAAUCCACAUAUGAUAAAUGUUCAUCUUCAUUCUAAGUUUGAGCGUAUUCAUGAACAAAUAACUAAUGGAGAGACAAAAGAAUACAUAAAGAUAUGUUAUGAACGAGGUUCUGUUCGAUUAUCACGUAAAGUUCUGGAACCAACCGAGGAAUUUAUUGAAGCAAUUGAAGAAGCAUUAGAAGAUGACAAAAGUAAUGAUGAAAAAAAAAGGAAUUUGGAUAAAGUUGGUGAAAAUUUUGGAUUUUUUUGGGCACAAGAAAUGAAACUCGGAAUGGAAGAGAGAUUCCCUGUUGAUAACUUCAAUGAAACGGAGGAUUCAAACAAAGUGGAUAAUUUAUCAUUUGACAAAUGGAGAGUUAUCAAAUAUGAUGAUAUAUUAUCACUUUAUGAAUUGCUGCCGGAUAAUUUAAAGCUAAGAAUAAAGGAGACUAUCG